AAUAACUGAAAAACAAUAACAAAUAACAAUAGUACUAAAAAUUGAAAGAAAAAUUAGAAAGUCUCUGGCCGCGCUCGAUCUUUUUGCGGCUCCGCCAUCAUCUCUUCGAUCUUCCAAAAUUAGGGUUUAUCUGCUCCACACUUCUCGCACAGUUCCAAUUUCUUCAGGGUAUCCUGUUUGAAAUCUCAGCUUUUGUCUCUCUACGCCGGCGAAUAUGUUCUGGAAGCUCACAGCUCUGUCUGCCUCCUCUCCUGUUGAGGCUGUGCUGGACAAGGAAGAUUUUACACUGGAAGAGCUUUUGGAUGAAGAAGAGAUAAUCCAAGAGUGCAAAGCGUUAAACAGUCGCCUCAUAAAUUUUUUGAGAGAUAGAGCUCAGGUUGAGCAGCUGCUACAGUAUAUCGUUGAGGACCCCCCUGAAGAUGCUGAUAGCAAACGAACAUUCAAGUUUCCUUUCAUUGCCUGUGAAGUCUUUACUUGUGAAAUUGAUGUCAUCUUGAAGACUUUGGUCGAGGAGGAGGAGCUUAUGAAUUUACUAUUCUCUUUUCUGGAACCAAACCGUCAUCAUAGUGCAUUGUUGGCUGGGUAUUUUAGUAAGGUUGUGGUAUGCUUAAUGUUGCGGAAGACUAUUUCCCUGAUGAACUAUGUCAAGGUCCACCAAGAUGUUUUUAAGCAGCUGGUUGAUUUGAUUGGCGUCACAUCUAUCAUGGAGGUCUUGGUGCGACUUGUAGGUGCAGAUGACCAUCUCUACCCAAAUUCAUUGGAUGUCAUGCAGUGGUUGGCUGAUAGCAACUUGUUAGAAAUGAUUGUGGAUAAACUUAACACCUCGAAUACUCCCGAAGUACAUGCCAAUGCAGCGGAAACAUUAUGUGCUAUAACCAGGAAUGUGCCAUCACCCCUGGCCACUAAACUAUCCAGUCCAAGUUUUGUGUCAAGAAUAUUUGGUCAUGCACUCGAGGACUCCCAUUCAAAAUCUGCCCUUGUCCACUCUCUAUCUGUUUGCAUUUCCUUAUUGGAUCCAAAAAGAUCAAUUCCUUCAUCAGUGAUGUACUCUUUCAGAAGUCAACAUAUGUACGAACCAGCAGUACAUGUUAAUCCAGAAACUGUUGGUGCUAUGCUUCCGAAACUAGGAGAGCUGCUGAUGCUUUUGAAUGUUUCAUCUGACGAGAUAGUUUUACCCACAACUUAUGGUGAAUUGAGGCCACCUCUGGGAACCUAUCGGUUGAAGAUUGUGGAAUUCCUUGCGGUGCUGCUAAAAACUGGCAAUGAGGUGUCUGAGAAAGAGUUGAUCGGCUCUGGAACAAUACAGAGAGUCAUUGAUCUAUUUUUUGAGUAUCCAUACAAUAAUGCUUUGCAUCAUCAUGUGGAGAGCGUUAUAUAUUCAUGUUUGGAUAGCAAAAAUAGUGCCAUCAUUGAUCAUCUUCUCUCAGAUUGUAAUUUGGUUGGCAAAAUUCUACAAAGUGAUAGAAAUCCUGAACUUUCGGGUGAACUUAAUCUGCCAACUUUGCCCUCUUCGGGAAGACGUGCUCCUCGAGCAGGAUACUUUGGACACCUGACACGGAUAUCAAAUAAAUUAAUCCAGUCAGGAAACAGUGAUAUUCAAAAACAUCUUCAGGAAAAUAAUGAGUGGAAUGAGUUUCAGACUACAGUCCUGCAUGAGCGUGGUGUACUUGAAAAUGUUUAUCGAUGGGCUUGUGGGCGGCCAACUGCACUGCAAGACAGGACCAGGGAUAGCGAUGAUGACGAUGUUCAUGAUAGAGAUUAUGACGUUGCAGCCUUGGCAAAUAAUUUAAGCCAAGCAUUUAGAUACAACAUGUAUGACAAUGAUGAUGCUGAGGGUCAUGGAUCUCUUGAUCGUGAUGAUGAGGAUGUCUACUUUGAUGAUGAAUCCGCCGAAGUCGUAAUCUCAUCCUUAAGGUUGGGCGAUGACCAAGGGAGUUUGUUCACAAAUUCCAACUGGUUUGCAUUCCAAGACGACAGAAUGGGGGGCGAUGAAACUAACGGCAACUCACUAUCUGACGCACUGGAUGACCUAAAGUUGAACGGGGCUUCAAACAGUGGCAACAGCAGUAGUGACGAUGAAGUAGUGGUCGGUGAAGAAGAUGAGUUGGCUGACAGCAAAACUUUGGAAGCAAAUAUUAUUAACGAAUUUAAUGCGAAUAAUAAUAUCACCGACAACGAUGAAGAUCCAUUUCAAGACAGGUCAAUACCCGAGUGGUCAGCAUGGGGAGAGGCAGAUUUUCAAGUCGGUGGGGCCAGUGUAAACCCGUUUGACGACCAAACCGACAAUUCUUUCCCAAAUGGGACCUCAACUUCUCCUGAUUUUUCUGGUUCAGUUAAAUCCGAGUCGACUCAGAAAGAUAUUGUUGUGCCUUCUUUAUUUGAAGAGGAUGUUGAGUUUGUGGGCGUUGAGUUAGAGGGUACCGAAAAAGCUAUGGAGCAGGCUCUGAAGGAAGGGAUUGUAGGAGAAGCGGGCCCACUCAAGAAGAGUAUUGUACCGAAAAAAACGGAAAAAGAGGAUUCGGAUGAUUUGAAUGAAUUUAACGAUACUAACUAUUGGAGAGUUGAUCAAGAAGUUACAGUGUUGGAGUAAGUUUAUCGAAACGAAAUCUGAGAAGAUCAACCGUUUAUGUGCUGGCACGGGUUUUUACGCAGCGAAGGUAUGUACAGCAGUGUAUGUUUGUUUUUGUUGUUGUUUAAAUUGGAGAUGCAUCUUUGUUAGGGGUUAUGUAAUUGUUGUUUGUGACUGGUUGUUUCAUCAGUGGUUGCUUCAAUUUUGUUUUUAAAAGAUUUUGGGGUUGUUUGUACCCUCUUGUCCGUUUCACAUAUUAUUGUUUAAUUCUCAUCAUUCAAACAAACUAUUCAUCAUUGUGUAAAAUGUACCCUUAUCUAAUAUUUUUUAACAUUCAAA